ACUAAACUCUGUCAAGUAUCUUGAUGCUUUGUGAUUGAUACCAAACGAAAUAAAUCAAUGACCAAUUCGCAGCGCUUUCUUUUCCUCGUGAUUGCCACAUUAUUGGACUUUAUUGCAUCGGAUUGCCCGCAAAUUACGGCUCCUGCUGGAGCUUCUAUCCUUGCUGGAUGUUCAACAAGGACUAAUCAAGUUUGCGCUAUUCAGUGCGGUUCAACAGGAGUAAUUCAGUCACAGAUUUGCCAAUCAAAUGGAGUGUGGUCGGGUCCAGCAAUCAAUUGUGGAAAUGGAUUCAUUCAAAGUGGUGGAUUUAAUGGGUUUCCAGUGUUUCAAACUUGCAACAGCUUAUCACCACCUCGUAAUGGUGCAUACUCAGGUUCUUGUGCUCCAGGAUUCGUUGGCGGUUCUUGUGUCUUCUCGUGUUCAACAGGCUUCAUGAUCCGAGGUAAUGCCACUUUGAAUUGCCUAAGUUCAGGAAGUUGGUCAUCAAAUGUACCAACCUGUGUAACACGAACAACAACUCGUUGGUAUAUCUUAGUAAGACGCUGGUUUGGAUAGUCACUAAUGAGUCUUUUAAUGGUCAAAUUUCGCCUUAUGAUAUGUGUCUAGCUUCAAAAGUCUAGACAUUUCUCUGAUUUAAUGUUUUUUGUUAUUUAAACAGAAAUAAAAUAAACCAAAAUACAAAUGUUGCAUUCAUUCGUGUUUAAGUAUCUGUUCAAAAAUUGAACUUUACAAUAGUAUCUUUCAUUUACAUUGUU